AUGGACCCUGCAGUACUGGACAAGAUAAUUGAGAAGCUGAUAGAAGUAAGAUCCUCAAAGCCAGGGAAAUUAGUGCAAUUAUCAGAGUCUGAAAUCAAACAGCUUUGUGUUGCUUCUCGUGAAAUUUUUAUUAGUCAUCCCAAUCUUCUUGAACUUGAAGCACCCAUCAAGAUUUGUGGUGACAUUCAUGGUCAAUAUAGCGAUCUGUUAAGGCUUUUUGAGUAUGGUGGUUUUCCUCCCAAUUCCAGUUACCUAUUUUUAGGCGACUAUGUAGAUCGAGGAAGGCAGAAUUUAGAAACAAUAUGCUUGUUACUUGCAUAUAAAAUCAAAUAUCCGGAGAACUUUUUCCUUCUUAGGGGAAACCAUGAAUGUGCUUCUAUAAAUAGGAUUUAUGGAUUUUAUGACGAAUGUAAACGACGGUUCAAUGUGAAAUUGUGGAAAGCCUUCACUGAUUGCUUUAACUGCCUUCCAGUUGCGGCACUAAUAGAUGACAAGAUAUUGUGCAUGCAUGGUGGACUCUCACCAGACCUGGCAAACCUUGACCAAAUUAGAAACUUACCCCGCCCAACUGCUAUCCCGGAUACUGGUUUGCUUUGUGAUUUACUCUGGUCGGACCCUGGUAAGGAUGUUAAAGGAUGGGGAAUGAAUGAUAGAGGAGUUUCAUUUACCUUUGGCCCUGAUAAAGUCUCAGAAUUCUUGGCAAAGCACAAUUUGGACCUUGUCUGUCGUGCUCACCAGGUAGUGGAGGAUGGUUAUGAAUUUUUUGCUGACAGGCAACUGGUCACCAUUUUCUCAGCCCCCAACUACUGUGAUUCUGAAGCCUGCAGAAAGAAAAAACAAGUCCAUGAUGUCCACAAAAAUGUGAUUGGCACCAUUCUCUAUUUCGAAGAAACUACAGUUUCAGCCCGCCUGGGCAUCCUUCUGACCAAGAAAUAA